AUGGCCGGCACAACGUCCAAGAAGCGCACUCACCACGAGUCGGCGGCCAAGUCCAAGGGCUCGCGGCCCGUCAAGAAGCAGAGGAAGCAGGCCGCCUACCACAGCGACUCGGACGAUGACAAUGACAACGACGCUCACCAUCCCGAUGCAGACGCAGACGCAGACGCAGACGCAGACGCAUCCUUCCAGCCUGUCAACCUUCUAGAUUCGGACGACGAGGGUGGCCUCGAUGCGACCGUCGACGAUGGUGCAUCCUCCGCCGACUCGGACGCGGGCUCGGGCUCAGAUUCCGAUGACGCCGAUACUUCCUCGGCCCGCCAAAAAUUGACCAAGCGGAAGGCCGCUCCCCCCUCGAAACGGAAGCUGGCCCAGGACGCUCCGGCUAUGAGCGACGAUGACGACGACGACGGCGACGACAACGACGAGUUUGACCUCUCGGACGAGGACGACGACGGCGACGCCGCGGUCGGCGGCCGGCCCAAGUCCAAGCGCAACGACGCCUCGGCCUUUGCCACAUCCAUGUCCAAGAUCCUGGGCACCAAGCUGUCGACGACGCGGCGGGCGGACCCGCUGCUGUCGCGGUCGGCCGACGCGGCCCAGGCGUCGCGCGAGAUGGUCGACGCCGCCCUCGAGGCCAAGGCCCGCCGGCAGAUGCGCCAGCAGAAGCUGGCCGCCCUCGAGAAGGGCCGCGUGCGGGACGUGCUGGUGGCCUCGCGCGACGACGACACGGGCGAGCUCGAGGCCAGCACGGCCGACAUCCUCGAGACGGAGCGCCGCCUGCGCAAGGUCGCCCAGCGCGGCGUGGUCAAGCUGUUCAACGCCGUGCGCGCCGCCCAGGUCCGGGGUGCCGACGCCGAGGUGCAGGCCCGGAGGGACGGCUUCGUCGGCGUCAAGGGCCGCGAGGAAAAGGUCAGCGAGAUGAGCCGCAAGGGCUUCCUGGACCUGAUUGCCAGCGGCGGAGGCGGCAUGAAGACUGGGGGCAUCCAAGAAGCGUAA